AUGGCAACCGCCAAAGACGCCUGGACAUCUGCACUCAGCUGCUCUCCAGAAGCCGCAGAUUCGACUGACUGGACACCAUUGUCACUGGAGAUAAAAAAUGAGUCCUCUACGUCAACCAACAAACGUGCUUGGCAAGCUGGCGAUGAAAUGCCGGAUCCUUUCGUGAAAGGUGAAAUCCAUGAGAAGGUCAUGUUGAGCGUCUGGCGGGGAGUUCAUGGAAUCUACUGUUCCGAACUGCUGCCGGACAACACGACAGUUACUGCCGAGCAUCACCCAGAAGAGAAGCGCUACGAUGAUCAUGACUGCCUCGAAAAUGACUUCCAGGCUUUCUUCGCCUCCAAGUCGUCAGAGUUCUACGCCAAAGGAAUUCGUGAUAUUGAGAGACGUUGGGAGAAGGUUGUCGAUGGCAAAAUUUUUACCGGCCUCAGCCAGUAUCGUAACACUCUUUUUCUGAUAUUCGGCAUUCUCUGUUUACUUUCAUGGUUGGCUUUCAAUUUGUACGCCGUUAGCUAUAUUAUGGCCACGCAAAUUCUGAGCAACGAUGUAGCAGCUCUUUCUGCUCAACUGAUUGCGUACUGUGACCCUCUCUAA